GCUAGCCGCCACGCGCACAGCAGCUAGUCUUCUAGUCUGACUUUUCUCUGCGCGAUUUGUCAUUAAUCACAAGUCGACGGAAUAACUCGCAUAAAAGUUGAUUUGGAUUUGUGAAAAGUAACGAGUGCAGUGCGUUGGUGUGCGUUGAUGCUGGGUUGAUCGAACGAGUGCGAGGACUGUGUCGUUGUGUUGUUGUGUCGAAUCGAAAGUGGAAUCAACGGUUGUAGGCUCGCGCGGUUGAUGCAUCAUCGUAGUCGCCGUCGUCGUCAUCCGAAAAGGCAGCGCGCACAAGCAAGUGCGUAGCUAUAUAGGUAUAGAAAGAGAAACAGAGAGAGAGAGACAGAUAGACGUUUAGCGCACAUUUGCGCUGAGGCAGCAGCAGCACAGCAGCAUAGUGCGACCGACCGCCCGGCCCACGUCCACACACAAGACAAGUACAGAGAAGUCGAAGAGCUGUAGAGCGCGCGACUGGCCGAAGGAAAAUCUUGACAGUGCCUCGUGCUUAUGCAGUAAUUGUGCAGCUCUCAGUGGCAAAAAGUUGAGCAUCGCCAUCGCCCGACGACCUGACAAGCAGUGUCCAUUUGUGCGUGAGUGUCUUGUGUCGACGGCUGCUCCGUGCACCUAUGUAAAUAUACAACUACGCUGUAAUUGUGUGCGCGCGCAAACCAAGUGUAGUUUGUGCAACUGUGUCGUUGAAACGCACACAUACGUAUAGAGCGAGAGAGGCAGAAAAGCUGGCUCUGCAGAUAGUCGGCAAGUGCAAAAGACGGAGCUUCGCUUCUUUGUAUAGCUGCAUCAUCGUCCGCGCAGUCGGUAUCGAUCAAGUCGGAUUAGCAUUGCAGGACGAGGCGACGAAACUCCUUGCCUAAUCCAUAUCGCAGCGGUGUACACAAUAGCGACAGUCAGAACACACACACACGCACUCGUCAUAAAGCUGUGUAUGUAAUCGUGCACAGUGCCGGCUGCUGCUGUUGUUCAAGGCGUAAGAGCCCCCUCUUCUCUCCCUUGCCAUAUAUUUGCUCUCUUUCUAGAACGACCGAAAUCCAAUGAUUAUUUUUCGAAAACAGAAGAGAGCAUUUGGUAAUUCGGUGACUCGGCGAAGCUGAGUUGUACUGGCCGAGCAUUAACUCGCAUGUACACACACUCGCUCACACAUAUACUCUAGUGCAGUUGUGUGCCACACGCGUUGACAGUAGCUGUCUUAUCGAUCUUCCGAUCGAAGUGCAAGUUUUUUACGUCAAAAGAAAAAGCCUAGAAAAGUGUGUUGUUUUUAUGAAAUCUCUUCGAUUGUGUUGAUAUAUCUGCUUAUAGGUAAAAGCCUAUGAGUGAGAGCGCACACUUAUAAAAGUCUAUUGAUAAUAAUACAGUGUGCUGUCCAUCGAGGGUGGCGGCGUUGGUGCUGUGCUGUGUCGUCGUCGUCGUCGUCGCUGUCGUUGCGAGGGUGGCAGUAGUGCGCAUCCUAUAGCAGUAUACAACAGCAUCGACAGCAGUGCUUUAUCGGUGUUUUGCAAAGUGUGUGUUGAUACAGAAAUCAUACAGAAGAAAAAAAGGAACAGCAGCCAAGUGUGCUGCACGCAUAGUCGAAGUUUAUAACAGCAGCUCAGCCGGUAGACGCUACUGCGGCUUUCGGUAGUGGCAGUGCUUCUAACACAUCUCGCGAACACUGCAAUCAGAUAAGCAGUAGCUAGUUCUCGCUCGACUCGUCGAGGAGUAUCAAAAACAGCCUCUGUUGUUGUUGUUGUUGUUGUUGUCAUUACGACUGUCAGUGACAGUCGUGCUACGACUACGACUACGGCUCGCGGCGAGGCAGCGGCCCUUACGAGGCUGAAUUUCGAGGAGGUGACGCGGCUGGACAGAGCAUUGGAGACGGUGGACAGUUACACAGGCGGCUGGAUGAAGCCGCCGGGGGAUUUGUUUCUCUACUGUGACAUGAAAGACCUGGGAGCUGACAUGAUUGCUCCUUCGGCAAAAAAAUUAUGGGGUGUCGACGAUGGCAGCUCCAAGGACGAUGGAGGCGUAAAAGGUGGCGGAAUACUCCCUUUAGGUGAACAAAUGUGGCGAGACUCGACCUGGAGCACCUCAGAUCAUGCAGUUUCACAACCCAUUUCAAUGGGCAGCAGCAGACGGGUUGGAGUCGGCAGUGGAUACCAUCAAACGUCUGAAGUCGGUGCAGUUCUCAGCCCAAGAAGCAGUGAAGCCAGUGGUUUGGGAGUCAAAAUGGUUGAGUACGUUCUAGGAUCGAGUCCGACAAAUUCAAAGGAACUCGACCAACGGAUGGUGUCGCUGAGAUUGAAUGACAAUGACAAAAAAGACAAGGAUAAGGGCGCAGCGAGUCCUUUUGAUAACUCAAAAGAUGACAAUUGUCCUCAAGGAAACGGAUUGACUUCUCAGAAUGGGCUUGACGACGAUAAAGGAUUCAAUCGCACGCCCGGCAGCAGACAGCCAUCCCCUGGCGAGGAGGAAUUCCAGAAGAAUGCGACUUUGGCCGUGAGCACGGGUGCCGGUGGCGUCGUGCUGCUCAAGCCCGGUGUGGACGUCAUGGGCACUGGCGAGGAGCACUUCAUGCAAGCUUUCGCCCCGGCACCGCCGCACAUGCAGCACCAUCAAGCUCCACCGACGCAUCAUAUGCAGCAAGCUCCGUCUCACGCCGCUCAACUCUUCGGAGCCCAAGGUCCCCCGCAAGGCCCACCUCUGUCGCAGCAGCAGCACCAGCAACAACAAGGUCCACCUCAACCCCAAGACCAGACGGGUCACUUUGACGUGCAGCAACUAUUCCGGAGCCAAGCACAGGGCGCCACGCCGCAGCAGAUCCAACUACUUCAGCAGCAGCAACAGCAGCAACAACAGCAGCAGCAGUACUUGGCUGCAUCGCAGGCGCAACAACAGCAGCAAGCCGCGGCUGCCCAGCAGCAGCAACAGCAAAACUUCCAAGCCACGCCGUACGUGAUCGGUGGCCAAGAGCCGCCUUACGUCAGCCUCAUAACCGGCGCACCACCCGUAGUACCACCGUACUACACACCAUGGGUCUAUCCAGCUGGAUUGCUACCACAAGCUCCGCCUCAGGCAGCGGCACCACCACAGCAGAGACGACCUCUCACGCCGUCGUCGGCCGCCGCUGCAGCUGUUGCCGCUCAAGACACCGCAAAUAAUCUCGCGCAAACGGUUCAGGGUCAGUACCAAGUGAUCCCAGCCUACUAUGACCAAAACGGCUCCAUUGUGAUGGGAGGCGUUCGCGGAUUGAGCUCGGCAGGUACACCUAUGCGUAUCGUGAGUCCAGCCCAGGUUUUGGUUAACAGGGCGCCCUCGCAACCACCACCAGGGCCACAGGCACCACCACAAGCUAGCCUUUAUGGACAAGCCACACCAACAUCUCACAGCAAUGCUACGUCUAUGGAAGGACUUGGUUUAGCUGCGUGCAGUGCAGCUGCCGUGGUGGCACAAGCCCAGGCGGUAGCUGUGCAACAGGCUCAACAGCAAGGUACCGGACUCGCUGCUGGUUUGGCUGCUUUGGGUUACGGUGGCUCGCCACUUGGAGCCCUAGGCUCGCCAGCUCAACUACAGAGCACAGGUUUGGGUCUUGGAGCAUCAUCCACUGGUAGGAGGGAUUCCUUCGAUAGAAAUACUUCUGCAUUUAGUCCAAGCUUAGAAUACAACAGAGGAAAAUGGCCGCAAAGCUACGGCGCUCUUGAUGUAACAAUGAAUCCAGGGAAUGUAACAGCUUCACCGAGUCCACUGGGUCUAUCCCUUACGCCUCCACCAACGCUCGGUGGGUCACUCGGUGGCCUCGUCGGGGCUGGUAACCGAGUGUCAGCCGCGCCAGGCGCCGAGGCAAAAUUCCGUGCCUCUGCCGUGCCAGCACUGACGACUAAUGGAGUUUUUGGUUCGAGUAGCUCUUUGUUCCCGAAUCUUGUCGGAAAACCUGCACGAGGUGCCGCCGCCACUGGGGCUGCUGGUGUAGCAGGGGGCGAUAAAGCUACCGGAGGUAGAUCUAGAUUGCUUGAGGAUUUCCGGAACAACAGAUAUCCAAGUCUUCAACUUCGCGAUUUGGCCAAUCACAUAGUUGAGUUCAGCCAAGAUCAGCACGGUUCCCGCUUUAUUCAACAAAAGCUCGAGCGAGCAUCUCCAGCAGAAAAGCAACUCGUAUUCCAAGAGAUCCUUGCUUCCGCUUAUUCACUCAUGACCGAUGUAUUUGGCAAUUAUGUAAUCCAGAAGUUUUUCGAAUUCGGCACACCGGAGCAAAAAUCAACACUUGCGCAAAAGGUACGCGGGCACGUCCUACCUCUAGCUUUACAAAUGUACGGAUGUCGUGUCAUCCAAAAAGCCCUGGAGUCCAUCGGACCAGAUCAACAACAGGAGAUUGUACGCGAACUUGACGGACAUGUCUUGAAAUGCGUGAAGGAUCAAAAUGGCAAUCAUGUCGUACAAAAAUGCAUUGAGUGCGUAGAGCCACGAGCACUGCAAUUUAUCAUUGGCGCCUUUGCUGGUCAAGUACAUUCGCUCAGUACUCAUCCUUACGGAUGCCGAGUGAUCCAACGCAUUCUUGAGCACUGUACGGCCGAGCAAACACAAGGUAUUCUUCAAGAAUUGCACGCAGCAACCGAUCAGCUCAUACAAGAUCAAUAUGGCAAUUACGUUAUUCAGCAUGUUCUUGAACACGGCAAGCCAGAGGAUAAAGCCCAGCUCAUCAAUAGCGUUCGAGGGAAAGUACUUGCUCUCUCGCAGCACAAAUUUGCUAGCAACGUUGUUGAAAAAUGUGUGACUAACGCUUCAAGGCAAGAACGAGCUGUUCUUAUCGAAGAAGUCUGUGGCUUUAACGAUAGUGCAUUGAAUAUCAUGAUGAAGGACCAGUAUGCUAAUUACGUCGUUCAGAAAAUGAUCGACGUUGCUGAAACGGCCCAGCGCAAGAUAUUAAUGCAUAAAAUCCGACCUCAUCUUGCUGGUCUUCGCAAGUACACGUACGGCAAGCACAUAAUCGUGAAGAUUGAAAAAUUCUCCAUGAAGACAUUGAAUCCAGGCAUUUCAGGCUCUGCAACUAGUGGAUCGUCCGGUGCCAGUGAUCUUGGCCCUAUCGGUCCACCAGCUUCUAAUGCUGGACCGACUUCAUCUCAACAAUCGACUCAGGUUUUAUAAGUUAACGAAUGAGACAAAAGGCAAUUCUUGCGUAUUAGAAAAAAACAAGAUCAUUGAAUUAAAAUUGCGUAAGGACUGAAUGGUAUUUUUGACUGACGCCUGAUGGUUCCAUAACAACCAAGUUAUAUUAGGGAGCUAAUAAGCGAUAAAAGUGAAAUCAUUUUUUAUUAUCAAGCUAAUGCGUACCUGUGGCGUCAGUAGAAAAUGUUUUCUCUGGGUAAAUAUCAGUUGAUUUAACUGAGAGUUGAGGUUUCAUUUUGAAAAAGGUUUCACAUGCUCAGAUAAUGAGAGAACCUUUGUUUUAGUACUCUAUCUUUAAAAUCUUCCAUUUAAAAUGUCUCUGUAGAUUUCAAAUGGAAAAAUUUUAUGCGAAUGAAUAUAUUAGUUUCUGUACUAUGAAAUUCUUCGCUUAUUACCUAAGCUAUUUACAAGGAUAAUAGUUUCAAGUUUUUCUCGUUUCACUAUUGACGAUUAACUUAAAUAAUUCUACAAUAGGUAAAAGAUUUCGGCAUUAAAUAUAACAACAAAUACCGAUUAAAAAUUACAAUACAAUGUAUGCACUUUGUUGUUGCAUAUAUUGUCAGCACGAUUAAACAAAUUUUGUGUGUACAAUAUCCUGCUUCCGUACGAAAUAGGAAAUUUUUCGCGUAUGCAGAAUUUACGCGAGUCAGUGAGUCUUAUUUAGUACUGUUUGAAAGUACUAAAUACUAUUAACAUUCAUAGUGUAAAUCACUUUUACGAUUGCUUUCCUACAUUUAAAGGAUUAUAGCUUAUUCAUUAAACCAGCUUUGCUAUUUUUAAUGAUUCAUUUUGUUUGUUGCGUUAAUAGUAAGAAUUCUUGCGAAUUAAUUUUCAAUAUAAUCAGAACAUUCACGUUAAUGGUAUUUGGUAACAUUGAAGUUUGAGUUUAUAAUUUUGACAUGGGAGCAAAAUAAAAAAGCAGCUCCAACGUGACUGCCAAUUUAAGCCAAGCUAUACACAAAUUCUGCAUCAAAAAACAUCGUUUGCAACUUGUUUAAUAGCUAAAGAAAUGCUUACAGAGUACACAAAUUUUAAAAUAUAGCAUUUUUCGUGAUUGACUAUUUGUAUAAACUUGAUACGGGUACUCUGAAUAUUCUUGGUAAACAAAUCAGUGUACUUUAUAGACAUGGUACAUUUUGAAAGUGUUUACCAUAAGGACCGAUUAAAAACUUAAACGAUAAAAUCCCUUCGUAAAAAAACAUGAGAAAAACAACAAUUAGGCGGGACUUAGACAUUCAAUAGAAACAACGUUCUCCUUAACUUCAUUAAAAUAUUAAAAGAAAACGUUGACGUAAACAUUUUUUACAUGCGCAAUGUCCUAGCCAUCUUCAGUUAAUUUUAACCUCUUUAAAGAAUAAAGCCCCAAUUUUUGUAAAUUGUGAUAUAAAUAAUGAAAAUAUGUAUAGAAACAACGUGAGCUUCUCAUAUUCAAAUUGAGAAGCCACUAAUGCAACGGUUUUUUUUAUUUUUCACAAAAUGAAAAAAAAUUAUAAGAAAAAUCCCGGAACUUCUUUUUUAACGGACUCUGUGAAUAAUAUGUAUUAUAAUAAUUACUAAUUACUUAAAUUUAUAAAAAAAAUGAGUUGCGUUUCGAUACAGUUGCCUGAACUUUAUUAUUAAUUGUAUCUAUAUUGUAUAAUUUGUCUAUUUUGGUAUAAUUCAUCAUCAAAAGUUGGAGAAUUGUAAAAUAUGAAUUUUUCGGAUGAUGCCAAGAGAAAAAUAAUAGUGACGCGUUUACCGAUUUUUGCAAAUUUUUCGUAAAACGAUCACACAUAAUCAUUCAGUCAUGCUUUCUUGGGCAUGUUCGAACGUGUUUGAACUCAAAUGUAUAUUGUACAAAUGAUAAAAGUUUUUUUAAUCAGCAAAUCAAGUUCGCACAAUGCGCGUGUAAAUUAGCCCCCUCAUCCCUUCAUCUUUUCAAAUCGUCCCUUCUUAUUCUACCUCAAUCGUAAAUUACUCGGCCGUUUUCGUUGUAAAAAAUAUAUAUAAAAGACGACCAUUGACAUAUACAUAUAUAUAAAUAUAUAAAUAAAUAUAUAUUCUUCUUAAUGGAGUGCCUUCCUUGAAUUUUUCCGCGGACCGGUUGAAGCAAUUUUCUUCUUAUUUCAUCCGUUCUAAUCUUGUUUAUUUACUCGAUCAGUUUACAGAUGUUAGUGACUUUGAUAAUGAUGUUUCCAUCUGUAACAUUCUCGUAAUACAGCAUCAAACGCGUGAUAAAUACAAAUUUUCUGCGUGCAUUUUUCAAGGAAAGAAAAUUGAAAGUAUAUAGUAGUAGUUAACGAAAUUUCGUCGGAAGAUAUUUGAAGGGUAAUGUCUUGAGACUCCAUCUAACUCCUUGUAUAAUGUAUAAUAUUUUGUUAAUGUAGAUGUAAACCAAGAAUAAAAGGGUAAAAACUACUAAUAACCAGCUCGCGAUACUCACAGAAGAAAAUAUGUCCAUUGUGAUUUCUGUACAAAAAGUAAACUUAAAAAAUGCGAGAAAAUAGAGAAAAGAAAUGAAAAGAGCGAUGAAAGAAAAUUGUAUCAUCUUUCUUUGUAAAAUAUUGUAAAUAACGAUUUAUUGAACAAAUUGACAAAUUCUUCGGCAUCUUCUCUUCUCCCCCUUUCAUUCACUUACUAUUUCUCUAUCUUACUCUUUCUUCGUAGACAAUUACUUGUGUGAAAGAUUGCGAAUAAACUGAACAGGAGGAUCAGAAAAUAAUGCAAAAAAUGGUUAAAACGAAGAACUGAGAGCUAUAAUAGAACUUGAUGAAUAACUUUUUUGUGUUUCAUCUUCCGACGACUGUAUUUUACUUGUAAGUUCGUUUUUUCUAUUCUAAGUAUGAAGUCGUUUUGGGUUUUCGUAAAUUAAUUCAAGUUAUGAGGAAAUGUUCAACGAAGGCACACAUGUUUAGAGAAAAGGAAUAAUUUUAUAAUUCAUGGGUAAUUAUACCCUAUAUGCAAGGGAAAGAAGUAAUAUAAGAAAAUAAAGUUUUACCGACUGCCGUACCGACAGACAUUCCAACUUAAAAGCAAGAAAUAAAGAAAAAUAUAAAAGUGCAUAUAUGAUAAAAAAUAAAAUACACUUUUUCAACGUUUUAAAUCGAUCGGUUUUCAGUUGUCAGGGUAUAUUUUAUAGAUAAAGGCAAUUAAUUAUUUCUAUAAUUAUACAUUUAAUAACGGCUUUGAAAA